AUCUACCCGGAGGAUUCGGCCCCAGGCCGCUUCCCGAAACGUGUCUAGAGAGCUUCCCCGAUUGACCGCAGCCGCCGACACCUCUCCAGCUCCAGCACCAACUUGCGCGACGCAACGAGCAACAACCAUGCAUUCGACGCUCGUGCGCGCGCAGAAUGUCUUUGGCUUCUUCACCACCGUCGCGGCCUUUGUGGCAGGCCUGAUUGCGCUGUCUGUCUUCAUCGCGCCGCAAACGCCCUCGGCGAGCAUCAAGCUCCAGAAUGUGCAGGUGGUCCGCGGAAGGCCGCACUACUACAGCUCCAAGAAGGAGGAGUACGCGCACAUCAAGUUUGACCUUGACGCCGACCUGACCUCCCUCUUCACGUGGAACACGAAGCAAGUCUUCGUCUACAUCACAGCGACGUACCCGUCGCUGAACGCGUCGGAGCCGCCCUCCCAAGCCAUCAUCUGGGACGCGAUCCUGGCCUCGCCGUCCGCGCUCUGGCACCAAAACCACUACAUCCACCCGGCGCCGAAAGGCGCGCCCGCGCCCAAAAAGUCCAAGCCCAAGUCCAAGCAGCAGCAGGCGCAGGAGCCGCUCUACCCCGCCGGCGAGCUGCACCUCGCCCGCCAGCGUCCGAAAUACCAGAUCACGGACGCGAGCGGCAAGCUGGCGAACCGCACGGACGCGGUGCUCGAGCUGGGCUGGAACGUCCAGCCGCAUGUGGGCUUGCUGACAUGGGUGGAUUGGCCCCCGUUGGCCCAGUUCGGUGGCGCGUGGCAGGAGCUUAAGGGAAGGUAUAGUAAGAACUUCGAUUUCCCGGGGUUGAAGGGCAAGAAGGAGGGGGAUACGGCGACGGCGAGGGGCGCCGAGGCGAACAAGGAGGGCGUCUAUUGGUAGAUGCUGUCGCCUGGCGCGCGCGUGGUGUCUUCGUGUGCUGUGUAUAUCUUUGUGUCGAGGGAAAAAGCCUCUCCUCUUUCAAGAACAACAGAAUUUCUUCAGACUUCCUUGCCAGUUCGCUCUCAUUUCGUCACGUCUCAC